AUGAUGGAGUCGGCGGCGGCCCAGGCCUGCGCCGCGUGCGGGGACGACGCGCGCGCUGCCUGCCGCGCGUGCAGCUACGCGCUCUGCAGGGCGUGCCUCGACGAGGAUGCCGCCGAGGGCCGCACCACAUGCGCCCGCUGCGGCGGGGACUACGCCGCGAUCGACCCAGCGCACGGCAACGAGGGAGCCGAGGCGGAGGAGGAGGUGGAGAACCACCACGCCGCCGGUGGCCUGCGUGAGAGGGUCACCAUGGGCAGCCACCUCAGUGAUCGCCAGGAUGAAGUAAGCCAUGCCAGGACCAUGAGCAGCUUGUCGGGAAUUGGUAGUGAAUUGAAUGAUGAAUCUGGCAAGCCCAUCUGGAAGAACAGGGUGGAGAGUUGGAAGGAAAAGAAGAAUGAGAAGAAAGCCUCAGCCAAAAAGGCUGCAGCAAAAGCACAGCCUCCACCUGUCGAAGAACAGAUCAUGGAUGAAAAGGACUUGACAGAUGCAUAUGAGCCACUCUCCCGGGUCAUCCCAAUAUCAAAGAACAAGCUCACACCUUACAGAGCAGUCAUCAUUAUGCGGUUAAUAGUUCUUGGGCUCUUCUUUCACUACCGUAUCACCAAUCCUGUUAACAGCGCCUUUGGUCUCUGGAUGACAUCAGUAAUAUGUGAGAUCUGGUUUGGUUUCUCCUGGAUCUUGGAUCAAUUCCCCAAGUGGUAUCCUAUCAAUCGAGAGACUUACGUUGAUAGGCUGACUGCACGAUAUGGAGAUGGUGAAGAGUCUGGGUUGGCGCCUGUAGAUUUCUUUGUCAGUACAGUGGAUCCACUGAAAGAACCUCCACUAAUCACUGCAAACACUGUGCUGUCUAUUCUUGCUGUGGACUAUCCUGUUGAGAAGAUCUCAUGCUAUGUAUCGGAUGAUGGUUCUGCUAUGCUCUCAUUUGAAUCACUCGCAGAGACUGCAGAAUUUGCUAGAAAGUGGGUGCCAUUUUGCAAGAUGUACGCAAUUGAGCCACGAGCUCCUGAAUUCUACUUCUCGCAGAAAAUUGACUACUUGAAGGACAAGAUACAUCCGUCUUUUGUCAAGGAGCGUAGGGCUAUGAAGAGGGACUAUGAAGAGUACAAGGUGAGGAUAAAUGCUUUGGUUGCCAAGGCUCAGAAGACACCUGAGGAAGGCUGGAUCAUGCAAGACGGUACACCAUGGCCUGGGAACAAUCCUCGUGACCACCCUGGCAUGAUCCAGGUUUUCCUUGGUGAGACUGGUGCACGGGACUUUGAUGGAAAUGAACUUCCUCGGUUAGUUUAUGUGUCAAGAGAGAAAAGACCAGGCUACCAACACCACAAGAAGGCAGGGGCUAUGAAUGCUCUGGUCCGAGUGUCCGCUGUUCUGACAAAUGCUCCUUACAUUCUUAAUCUUGACUGUGAUCACUAUGUUAACAACAGCAAAGCCGUUCGUGAAGCAAUGUGCUUCAUGAUGGACCCUACUGUUGGCAGAGAUAUCUGCUAUGUACAAUUCCCCCAGAGGUUUGAUGGCAUUGAUCGCAGUGAUCGAUAUGCCAAUAGGAACGUUGUGUUCUUUGAUGUUAAUAUGAAAGGACUUGAUGGCAUCCAAGGCCCAGUUUAUGUGGGAACUGGUUGUUGUUUCUAUAGGCAGGCACUUUAUGGUUAUGGACCUCCAUCUCUGCCCGCACUUCCGAAGUCUUCAGUUUGUUCGUGGUGUUGCUGCUGCUGUCCCAAGAAAAAGGUUGAAAGAAGUGAGAGGGAAAUCAACAGAGACUCUCGGCGAGAAGACCUUGAGUCUGCCAUUUUUAACCUUCGCGAAAUUGACAACUACGAUGAGCAUGAGAGGUCCAUGCUGAUCUCUCAGAUGAGCUUCGAGAAAUCUUUUGGGCUGUCCUCAGUCUUUAUUGAAUCAACUCUUAUGGAGAAUGGGGGCGUCCCUGAAUCUGCAAACCCAUCUACCCUAAUUAAAGAAGCCAUUCAUGUCAUUAGCUGCGGAUAUGAAGAGAAAACUGAAUGGGGAAAAGAGAUUGGCUGGAUCUAUGGUUCAGUUACAGAGGAUAUUCUGACUGGGUUUAAGAUGCACUGCCGUGGCUGGAGAUCCAUCUACUGCAUGCCGGUGAGACCUGCAUUCAAGGGAUCAGCCCCUAUCAAUCUUUCCGAUCGUCUUCACCAGGUUCUCCGGUGGGCUCUUGGUUCUGUCGAGAUCUUCCUCAGUCGGCACUGCCCGCUGUGGUACGGUUACGGUGGCGGCCGUCUGAAAUGGCUCCAGAGGCUGUCCUACAUCAACACCAUCGUGUACCCGUUCACUUCUCUUCCUCUCGUUGCCUACUGUUGCUUGCCUGCCAUUUGCCUGCUCACAGGAAAGUUCAUUAUUCCUACGCUGUCCAACGCUGCAACGAUAUGGUUUCUUGGCCUCUUCAUGUCCAUCAUCUUGACGAGCGUGUUGGAGCUGCGGUGGAGUGGCAUCGGGAUUGAGGACUGGUGGCGCAACGAGCAGUUCUGGGUCAUCGGAGGCGUGUCCGCCCACCUGUUCGCCGUGUUCCAGGGUAUUCUCAAGAUGAUUGCCGGGCUGGACACCAACUUCACGGUCACGGCGAAGGCCACGGACGACGCCGAGUUCGGGGAGCUGUACGUGUUCAAGUGGACGACGGUGCUGAUCCCGCCCACCAGCAUCCUGGUGCUCAACCUGGUGGGCGUGGUGGCUGGCUUCUCGGCCGCGCUCAACAGCGGCUACGAGUCCUGGGGCCCGCUCUUUGGCAAGGUGUUCUUCGCCAUGUGGGUGAUCAUGCACCUGUACCCGUUCCUCAAGGGUCUCAUGGGCCGCCAGAACCGCACGCCCACCAUCGUGGUGCUCUGGUCCGUCCUCCUCGCCUCCGUCUUCUCCCUCCUCUGGGUCAAGAUCGACCCAUUCGUCGGAGGAACCGAGAUCGUCAACACCAACAACUGCAACACAGUCAUCUGCUGA